CGUUGCAGGCUCUGAUACAACUGCAGUCAUAGCAUCAUGAAUGAUGCUUAGUUUGUGUUGUCACCAUGAAGCCCAACAUAAAUUACGAGAAGAGGUCGAUCAAUUCAUUGCAGAAAAUGAACGCUUGCCGACAAUGCAACUACCGCAUCUGAUAUCAGCAACAAAAGAAUGCAUGCGAUAUCGUCCCAUCGCUAGUCCUUUUGGUAUUCUUCACGAAACAACUGAGGAUCUGUUAUGCCGCGGGUAUUUUAUUCCCAAGGGAACUUCAAUUGCUUACAACAUGCGGGCAAUGCAUGAGAGCCCUGACGUCUAUGACGACCCUGACAAAUUUAUUCCGAAUCGUUUCUUGAAUCGAUUAAAACCAAUGUCAGCUCUCGCUAACGGCCCAAUUCAUGAAAGAGAUCAUUAUAACUUUGGAUGGGGACGACGUACAUGCCCAGGAAUUCACCUGAUAAAUGAUUGUAUUGCAUAUGUAUAG